AUGAUUCUUUCAAAGUUUUCAUCAGUUCUUGCACUGUUGUUGAUCCUUCUUGUUGCCUUCCACGAACCAGCUUUGGCCUUAAAAAAGCCAUAUAUUGUCUACUUGGGGGCACAUAAUCACGGUCCUGAUGUCACUACUGCUGAUUACCAGCGUGUCGAAGAUUCACACACGGAGUUGCUCACUUCAUUCUUGGGAAGUGAGCAGAAGGCUAGAGAUUCGAUGUUCUACUCAUACAAGAGGCAUAUAAAUGGCUUUGCUGCACUUCUUGAAGAAGAAGAAGCUGCUGAGAUUGCUAAGCAUCCAAAUGUGGUAUCAGUACUAGAAAACCAAGAGAGAGAGCUGCACACAACUCAUUCAUGGGAGUUUCUUGGACUCGAAAAGGAUGGCUUUGUUAGUCCGUCUUCCCUCUGGGAGAAAGCUCGAUACGGCGAAGAUACCAUCGUCGCAACACUCGACACCGGAAUCGACAAUGUACAUGGCCAAAUCUCGAAGGUGUUUGUAGAGAUGAAGCUGAAUGACCUCAUUCUUAGAGGCACUAAUAUCAAAGUGGGGACUGAGAACCGUUUGAUUGACUUUAGGUAUGAGAAUAUUCAAGGUUUUUGUUACUAUUGUGGUAAAAUAGGUCACUAUGAUCGAAAUAUCCUGAAAAAACAAGAUGAUGUUCACAAUAAUAUGCUUAACAUAUACCAAUUCGGGGAAUGGAUUAGAGUGAGCUCUUUCACCUCUACUGAAAGUAAAGGCUCUUAUAGCUUUGGUUCUGGUAGUCAAGAUAGUGAGCCAGGGGGUAUAAAGCCCCUAAUCCUAGCUUGGAAGGAGAGUGAAGUGGGUUUUUUGGGUUCUGAGGGAGAUAUUCCUGUUGAGGAGAACUUUUUAGCUGACAAAGCUCUGGAUGAUCCUCAACUAGUGGAGGUGAAUAUAUUACCUUCUUCUAUUGGUGUAGAAUAG